GUAUAUAUAGUAGUAGUAUAUACCGUAGGAACGUGAGCUGCCAUCGCUUACGGAGUAUACGGAGUAUAUGCAUCCCUUGCCGACAGAAUGCGGGGAGGCACGCUGAUCUCAAAUCCGGGACGCCAUGCCGAGGUUCGUUUGGCGGCGGCCCGUGGUGUCCGUAUUACCCGUUUUAGCCAAGUGUUCCUAUGUUGGCCUAGACAUGAUGCCUCUUUGUGGUAACAUGAUUGCAGCCGAAGCACAUGUGAGCUCCUUUCGGGUGCUCGCUAUUAUUCUUGGCCCCGUAAACCAGUGCGAUUGCCUAAGAGUUUUGUGCAAAGGCCAGCCGAGGUGUACCUACAUGUAUUUAUGCCUCGUAGACCAUACUGCUGAAAAAGUAUAAAAGAUUACUUGUCCUCCUCGGCAAGUCGGACCUUUUGGCCAGUAGCGGCAUAAGUCGC